UUGUAGCACAGUAUUUCGUACAUGAGUUGUGAUUUGAGACGCAGUCUGUAACGCUGAGAUGCGAGUGUAAAGUGUUUCUGUGGACUGAAGUGCAGUAUUAGUGCACUCAUCAUAGAUGUGAUUGAAAGAUGAGUACCAGAUCGACUGCUGGAAAGGUUCGAAAUGUGGACAGCAAUCCCUGCAUUGAGGAAAGUGAUGGCUCACAGAAGUGCCUGGAAGCUUAUAACUAUGAUAAGAACAUGUGCUCUGCGUACUUCUUGAAGUAUAAGAAUUGCAGAAAGUACUGGCAUGGUGUGAUGCUACAACGCAGGCGUGAAGGAUUAAAGCCAGACAUGCCUACAGCUGAAGAGAGAGAAGAAAUAAUAGAUGCACUGGGAGGGAAACCCUACUGAAACACACACGGACACAGAGUGAACUCAUUUUUAGGAACUUGUUCUGUUGCGCCUGACUUAAUAGUGCAACAUUGCUUUUGCCUCUCAGAGGGGCUGUAUGUGUGAAUAAGUAAGUCCUUCUAAUAAGACUGUAGUUACACUUCAGCAUGCAUCCUUGUGUGUCUGCUUGAGAGUGCGAGCAUGUUUGUGGUAAGUAUUUGAACAAAACAUACUUGAACAAUAAAAAAGAAGAGAUGUCUGUCAAUCUGUUCAACCAGUAAACAUUGGAAUGAGUACGGAUUUUGUUAGAUUUUUAAAUAAAUAAUGUUUAAAGUCA